AUGCGGCCAGAAAUCGAGCAAGAGCUCGCCCAUACGCUCCUCGUCGAGCUUCUGGCAUAUCAAUUUGCUUCCCCAGUGAGAUGGAUCGAAACUCAAGAUGUCAUCCUCGAGGCGAACAGAACAGAAAGAAUAGUAGAAAUAGGUCCCGCAGACACUCUGGGUGGAAUGGCCAAAAGAACACUGGCAUCCAAAUACGAAGCUUACGAUGCAGCUCAGUCUGUACAGAGACAAGUCCUCGCAUACAACAAAGACCAGAAAGAGAUUUACUACGAUGUUGAUCCUGUAGAAGAAGAGGCUGCUGCUCCGGCUGCAGACGCUUCAUCUUCAUCUCCAGCCGCUCCUACAACCUCUACACCUUCCCCAGCAGUAGCGGCACCUGCUGCUAGCUCUGGUCCUGCUGCGGCAGUAUCAGAUGCUCCAGUCUCUGCGGUCGACAUAGUAAGAGCAUUGAUUGCUCAAAAACUGAAGAAACCACUGAACGAUAUUCCGUUGAGCAAAGCCAUAAAAGAUCUGGUCGGAGGCAAGUCGACCCUGCAGAACGAGAUCCUUGGUGACCUGGGCAAGGAAUUCGGCUCAACGCCAGAGAAGCCAGAAGACACUCCUCUAGAUGAGUUAGGCGCAUCUAUGCAAGCUACCUUCAACGGCCAACUCGGAAAACAGUCUCAAUCACUCGUCGCACGCUUGGUUUCUUCUAAAAUGCCUGGUGGCUUCAAUAUUACAGCUGUACGAAAGCACUUGGAGACCAAAUUCGGUCUUGGUGCUGGCAGACAAGAUGGUGUUCUCCUGCUCGCUCUUACCAUGGAACCACCCGCUCGACUAGGUUCGGAAAACGAUGCAAAGGCUUUCCUCGACGAUGUUGCUCAGAAAUAUGCUGCUACAGCUGGUAUCGCCUUGGGUUCUGCAGGUGCUGCCGGCGAUGCUGGUGCUGGCGCUGGUGGCAUGAUGAUGGACCCAGCUGCUCUCGACGCCCUUACCAAAGAUCAACGGGCGCUCUUCAAACAGCAACUUGAAUUACUUGCACGGUACCUCAAAAUGGACCUUCGAGCUGGCGACAAAGCAUUUGUCGGUUCUCAGGAAGCCAACAAAGCUCUCCAAUCACAGCUUGAUUUGUGGAACGUCGAGCAUGGCGAGUUCUAUGCUCAGGGCAUUGAGCCGUCCUUCAACCCUCUCAAAGCCCGUAUCUACGAUUCUGCAUGGAACUGGGCUCGGCAAGACGCUCUUACCAUGUACUAUGAUAUUAUCUUUGGUCGCCUACAAACCGUCGAUCGUGAAAUCGUGGCCCAAUGCAUUCGAAUCAUGAACCGCUCGAACCCUACUCUCAUCGAGUACAUGCAGCAUCACAUCGACCACUGUCCUACCGACCGAGGCGAGACCUAUCAGCUUGCAAAAGAGCUUGGAGUACAGCUCAUUGAGAACUGUAAAGAUGUGCUGAACGAAGCACCAGUAUACAAGGAUGUUUCCGUCCCUACAGGUCCCCAGACAACUGUCGAUGCCCGAGGCAACAUCUCAUAUGCAGAGACCCCUCGACAGAGUGGUCGUAAGCUUGAGCUGUAUGUCCAAGAAAUGGCUGGAGGUGGUAAGAUUUCGGAAUACAGCAAUCGUACCAAAAUCCAAAACGAUCUGCGCCAAGUCUACCGCAUGAUCCGCAAACAGAACAAGAUGAACAAGGAGACACAACUUCAGGUGCACACUCUUUACAAGGAUAUUGUCCGAGCUAUGGGCAUGAACGAACGACAGAUUAUGCCACAGGAGAACGGCGACCUGAAGAAACCAACUGCGAACGGUGCUCUGACCCGAGCCGUUGUCAAUGGUACAGUCAAGAAGGGCAAGACCGAGACGGUUCCUUUCCUGCACCUUAAACAGAAGGACGAGAAUGGUUGGGAAUAUAGCAAGAAGCUCACCAAUGUCUACAUUCAAGGCCUCGAGACUGCUGCCAGGGAUGGUCUGACCUUCCAGGGUAAGAUGGUCCUUAUGACUGGUGCAGGUGCCGGCUCGAUUGGCGCUGAGGUCCUUCAGGGCCUGAUCAGUGGUGGUGCCAAAGUGGUCGUCACCACAUCCAGAUAUUCCGUCGAGGUUACUCAAUACUACCAGUCCAUGUACGCACGAUAUGGCGCUCGUGGCUCUCAAUUAGUUGUCGUGCCAUUCAAUCAAGGCAGCAAGCAGGAUGUCGAAGCUCUAGUUGAUUAUAUUUACGACACCAAGAAGGGUCUUGGCUGGGAUCUUGACUUUAUCGUUCCUUUCGCAGCAAUCCCGGAGAACGGUCGUGAGAUUGACAGCAUUGACUCAAAGUCCGAACUUGCUCACAGAAUCAUGUUGACCAACGUCAUUCGUAUGUUGGGAGCUGUUAAGGCUCACAAAGUCGAGCAUGGCUUCAAUACACGACCAGCUCAAGUCAUCAUUCCUCUUUCUCCGAACCAUGGUACAUUUGGUAACGACGGUCUCUACUCCGAGUCUAAACUUGGUCUUGAGACAUUGUUCAAUAGGUGGUAUUCUGAGAGCUGGGGCGAUUACCUCACUAUCUGCGGUGCUGUCAUUGGCUGGACUCGGGGCACUGGACUGAUGAGUGGCAACAACAUUGUUGCUGAAGGUGUCGAAAAGUUCGGCGUACGAACCUUCUCCCAGCAAGAAAUGGCUUUCAACUUGUUAGGCCUCAUGUCGCCAGCUAUUGUUGACCUCUGUCAGACAGAGCCCGUCUGGGCUGAUCUCAACGGUGGUCUUCAAUUCCUGCCAAAUCUGAAGGAAAUGAUGACCAAGCUGCGGUCUGACAUCAUGGAAACAAGUGCCAUCCGACAGGCAGUCACAAAGGAGAGUGCCAUCGAGAACAAGAUUGUCAACGGCGAGGACAGUGAAGCCCUUUACAAAAAGGUCAACGUCGAACCUCGUGCUAACCUCAAAUUUGACUUCCCUCUACUGCCAGAUUGGAAGACAGAAGUUGCUCCUCUCAACGAUAACCUGAAGGGCAUGGUAGAUCUCGAGAAGGUCGUCGUUGUCACUGGUUUCUCCGAGGUCGGUCCUUGGGGCAACUCCCGAACUCGAUGGGAAAUGGAGUCGUAUGGUCAAUUUUCUCUUGAGGGCUGCAUCGAGAUAGCUUGGUUGAUGGGCCUCAUCAAGAACCACAAUGGCCCUCUCAAGGGCAAGUCCUAUUCUGGCUGGGUUGAUGCCAAGACCAGCGACCCUGUCGAUGACAAGGACGUCAAAGCCAGAUACGAAAAGCAAAUCCUUGAGCAUUCUGGUAUUCGUCUCAUUGAGCCCGAGCUGUUCAAUGGAUAUGACCCGAAGAAGAAGCAACUUCUUCAAGAAAUUCAGAUUGAGGAAGACCUCGAUCCAUUUGAGGCCUCGGCUGAAACUGCUUCUGAAUUCAAACGCGAGCACGGUGACAAGGUGGAAAUCUUCGCCCUGGAGUCUGGAGAAUUUUCUGUGCGUCUGAAGAAGGGUGCAACACUUCUGAUACCAAAAGCACUCCGAUUCGAUCGUCUCGUUGCUGGUCAAAUACCUACUGGCUGGAAUGCGAAGACCUACGGUGUGCCAGACGAUAUCAUCUCUCAAGUCGAUCAGGUUACCUUGUUCGUCUUGGUUUGCACAGUUGAGGCUCUCCUCACCUCCGGUAUCACCGAUCCAUAUGAGUUCUACAAAUACAUUCACUUGACUGAACUCGGUAAUUGCGUUGGUUCCGGUAUUGGUGGUACUACCGCCUUACGAGGAAUGUACAAGGAUCGGUUCAUGGAUAAACCGGUUCAAAAGGACAUUCUCCAAGAGUCUUUCAUCAAUACCAUGCCCGCCUGGGUUAACAUGUUGCUGCUCUCCGGUACUGGUCCAAUCAAGACUCCGGUCGGAGCUUGUGCCACUGCUGUUGAAUCUGUGGACAUUGGUUAUGAGACUAUCCUGGAAGGCAAAGCAAAGGUCUGCUUGGUCGGCGGUUUCGAUGAUUUCCAAGAAGAAGGUUCUUACGAGUUUGCCAACAUGAAGGCUACCAGCAAUGCCGAGGACGAAUUUGCGCAUGGUCGAACACCAAGGGAGAUGUCCCGACCUACAACCACCACCCGAAAUGGUUUCAUGGAGUCGCAAGGUUGUGGUAUGCAGAUCAUCAUGACAGCUAAACUUGCCCUCGAGAUGGGUACACCUAUCUACGGUAUCCUCGCUCUCACUACCACCGCAACUGACAAGAUCGGUCGAUCAGUACCAGCUCCUGGUAAGGGAGUCUUGACUACUGCUCGGGAGAACCCCGGCAAGUUUCCAUCGCCACUUCUCGACAUCAAGUAUCGAAAGAGACAGCUUGAUCUACGAAGAAAGCAGAUCAAGCAAUGGCAUGAGUCUGAAUACUUGUACCUGCACGAAGAAGUCGCUGCCAUGAAAGACCAGUCUGGAUUUGGCUUUGAUGACAAGACCUACAUGGAGGAGAGAGCUGCACACAUUGAUCGCGAAGCGAGACGACAAGAACGAGAGUCACAAAGCAGUUUGGGCAAUUUCUUCUGGCGACAAGAUCCACGUAUUGCUCCGCUCCGUGGUGCUCUGGCAACAUGGGGUCUUACCAUCGAUGAUCUCGAUGUCGCAUCGUUCCACGGCACAUCUACUGUCGCCAACGACAAGAACGAGUCAUCUGUUAUCUGUCAGCAGAUGGAGCAUCUUGGGCGAAAGAAGGGCAACGCACUUUUGGGUAUAUUCCAGAAAUAUCUCACCGGCCAUCCAAAAGGUGCCGCUGGUGCAUGGAUGUUCAACGGUUGUUUGCAAGUACUAAACUCAGGUCUCGUGCCAGGUAACAGGAACGCAGACAAUGUUGAUCCGAUCAUGGAGAAGUUCGACUACAUCGUGUAUCCCAACAAGUCGAUUCAGACUGAUGGUAUCAAAGCAUUCUCCGUUACCUCGUUCGGUUUCGGUCAAAAAGGUGCUCAAGCGAUUGGAAUCCAUCCCAAAUAUCUCUUCGCCACCUUGGAAGCUCAUGAGUAUGCUGCAUAUAAGAUGAAGGUCCAGGCGCGACAAAAGAAGGCAUACCGCUUCUUCCAUGAAGGUAUGGCCAACAAUACUUUGUUCCAAGCCAAGAGUGCACCACCAUAUGCGGAAGCAGCAAUGGAAUCUGUCUUCCUCAACCCCGACCAAAGAGCGGUUGCUGACAAGAAGACUGGUGAAUACCAGUUUCCAAGCAAAUGGCAAAAGACCGAGUCACCGAAUGCCAAGCAGACUCGAGAGAUGCUCGAGAGCCUGACCACUGCCUCUGCAGCUCCGGGCUCAAAGGUUGGUGUUGACGUUGAGGAUAUAUCAGCAAUCAAUAUUGAUAACGAAACAUUUGUCGAACGAAACUUCACUGCACAGGAGCAAGCCUACUGCAAGAAAGCACCAUCUCCAGUAUCAUCCUUCGCUGGUAGAUGGUCAGCUAAGGAGGCAGUUUUCAAGUCUCUGGGCGUCAGCAGCAAGGGUGCAGGUGCACCUCUCUCAGAUAUUGAGAUCUUGUCCGACACCAAUGGUGCACCCAAGGUUGAGCUUCAUGGUGAAGCCUUAAGAGCUGCCAAGGAGGCUGGCUUGAAGAGUGUCAAUGUCAGCAUCAGUCAUAGUGAUAGCCAAGCUAUUGCUGUUGCUGUUGCUGCGUUCUAA